AAUUAAGUUACAAAAAGCCAAUGCCCUUUUCUUUCUGCAACGUCCUCUUCCAUUAAACUCUCUCCCUCCCUCCCUCUUUCUCUCUCUCUCUCUCUCACCUUCUCACCUCUGCUACUCAACCAAUUUCGCUUCCUCUUCUUCUCCCGAAAGCCAGAAACUUCACUUGCUGAAGAAUUUCACAAUGAUUUCCAGAGUAAGCGGUGUCCCUUGGAUGGACGAAAACAGAGAAGGAGACGACUCUACUGCUCCAUCUUCAUGGGCUAACAUGAACGCCGGCAUCAACAUCGAGAAAAACCAAAACCAGAACCAUCCUGGUUUUGUCCAGAACAAGGAUGAGAUGGGUUCUCUGUGUGCUCUCAAACCCAUGCUUGAAAUCGACGAGGACUGGUACAUGGCCAACAAUGGUAUCCAAAAUCAAUCAGAUAUUAUAAGAGACAUCACUUUCUCUCCCAACUUCGCCGACCAAGACAGUCUAUUGCUGAACCCAGUGGAUUCGUCCACUCCAUGUUCCCCAUCUACCACCGUCUUCAACAAUCUCGACCCAUCUCAGGUUCCGUACUUUCUUCCUCACAAACCCAACUUGUCGUCUCUUCUCAAUGUCGUCCCUGGUAAUACUCCUUUAGACCAUGGGUUUGGUGUGGGUUGCGAUGUCGGGUUUCUUGAGCCUCAAGCUUCCAGCUCUAGCCUUCUGCGAGGCUUCACCGAUUUCAGCUCAAAUAACAACCAGAUAAUCCUUCCCAAUUUAUGCUCAGAUCCACAAGUCCCAAUGUCAGGUAUAUCGCAGGUAACCGAUGGCAGUUUUACUGGUUUUCGGGGUUUCGAGGAAGGUCCUGGAAAACCGCUGUUCCUAAGUAGACCCAAGAUUUUGAGACCCCUUGAAUCGUUACCUCCAUCGGGAGCACAACCCACUCUGUUUCAGAAGAGAGUGGCUUUUCGAAAGAAGCUCGCAAAUAACGAUACUGAGAGAGACGGAGGAAAGAUUGAAAUUGCAGAGGGGAACGAGAGGAAGAGGAAGAUGGCUUGUUGGGAAGAAAUGGAAGACGCUAGCCUUGACGGGUCAGCGUUGAAUUACGAUUCCGAUGAGUUGACUGAGAAUAGGACGGAGGAGAACGGGAAGAAUGGAGGAAACAGCUCGAAUGUGAACAGUACUGUGACUGGUGGCGAUGGUGGGGAUAAGAAGGGGAAGAAGAAGGGAAUGCCUGCGAAGAAUUUGAUGGCUGAACGACGUCGUCGGAAGAAGCUCAAUGAUAGGCUGUAUAUGCUGAGGUCCGUUGUUCCAAAGAUUAGCAAAAUGGACAGGGCUUCAAUACUUGGCGAUGCAAUUGAGUACCUUAAAGAACUUCUACAAAGGAUCAACGACAUUCAUAACGAAUUGGAAUCUGGCUCUUCACUAAGUACUCCCUCCACCACCAGCUUUCAUCCUUUGACACCUACUCCAGCUGCAUUACCCAACCGUAUAAAGGAUGAACUUUGCCCCAGCUCAAUGCCAAGCCCGAACGGCCAACCUGCAAGGAUUGAGGUUCGGGUGCGCGAAGGAAAAGCUGUAAAUAUCCACAUGUUUUGUGGUCGCAAGCCGGGCCUCUUGCUUUCAACCAUGAAGGCUCUGGACAGCCUUGGGUUAGAACUCCAUCAAGCUGUUAUUAGCUGUUUUAAUGGCUUUGCCAUGGAUAUCUUUCGAGCUGAGCAAUGGAGGGAUGGUCAAGAUGCUCUUCAUCCGGAUCAAAUCAAAGCAGCACUGUUGGAGUCAGCUGGCUACCAUGGCGUGAUCUAGGUCUUUUGGGAAAGACAAGCUUCUAGUUCAAAAUUUCCUGUUCUUUUCUUUGUGUUUCUUACCCCUGGCCAUCAAGCUACAAUUUCAACUCUGAUCAGAUGCUUGUAGGUUUUUCUCGCUUCAGAAUUCAAAUAAAUUAUGAAUGGUAUGUAGUCGCAUCAGUUUUAAGUGAAGAGGGAUUUUCGUAUUAUUGAACCAA